UGUUGUGUGUGUGUGUGUGUGUGUGUGUGUGUGUGUGUGUUGGGGGAGAGAUCAUUAUUGGACCUGCGAUGGACUCCAGCGCGGGGGAACAUGGCAUGGCUCGACUUGGAUUGUUUUUGGUUUUGAUGCUGGGGCUGAUGUGGAGAUUUUGCGAUGCCUGCCCCGCAUCCUGCACUUGCAGCAUCUCAAGGAUUGUUUGUAUUGAUUCCGUGCCGGGGAUCGAGGAUUUCCCCGUGCUCACGUUGGAUGACAUGGAAAACAUCACCGAGAUAUACAUUGCAAAUCAAAACAGACUGUUUGACAUGAAUGACAACAGUUUGAGACACUACAUAAACCUCAGAAACCUAACAGUGAUAAACACCAGACUGACAUCGAUAUCAUCAGAUGCAUUUUUCAACAAUACAAGACUUCAAUAUGUAAAUCUCAGAGACAAUAAUCUGUCGACGCUCUCAUGGAGAAUAUUUCAGAACUUUAACAUAACAUUACCGCUCUUCCUGUAUGGAAACCCUCUGGAUUGUGUUUGUGAGAACUUGUGGAUCAAACUGAGGCUCCAAGAAGACAUAGACGGCCAGGAUCUGAAAUGCAUGGACGAUAGAGGAGAGACGACGGCCUUCGCCAGACUCACUCCACCGGACUGUGUGGUUCCCAAAGUGGAGCUCACCCCAAAAUCUGUGACCGAGAUGCAGGGGAGUAACGUGGAAGCUGUGUGCACCACCACAGGUUCCCCUCUCCCUGAGCUCCUGUGGAACCUGGACCUGCUCUCCACCCAACACGAGAUCGAAGCACUGGAAACAAAGAGCACCCUCACCUUGUCAGGCCUGUCUCCUGACGAUAAUGGCAGGGUGAUCAUAUGCAGCGCUGAGAACAUGGUCGGUCAGACGGAGGCCACCCUGCAGCUUAAUAUUCUCUUUGCCCCCACCAUCCAGCAGCUGCUGGGGCCGGAGCAGAACCACCACUGGUGCAUCCCCUUCAGCGUGACGGGGAACCCCAAGCCCGAGCUUCAGUGGUACCACGAGAACGUGCCCCUCCAGGAGCAGGACUACAUCCACACGCAGAUCCACCUGUCCACCGACACCGAGGACCACGGCUGCCUGCAGCUGGUCAACCCCACGCACAUUCACAAUGGCGUGUACAGGCUGGUGGCAAAGAACAAGUACGGCCGGGACGAGAAGAAGGUCUCUGCACACUUCAUCGUCCCACCUGAGCCACCGGAAGAGUCCGACUACUACUAUACCACGGAUUCCCCGCUCCCCCCGUUGGACGACAGUGUUGCUGUGUAUGUAGUUGUUGGAAUCGCAGGAGUUGCAUUGACCGGCUGUGUCCUGAUGGUGAUAAUUCUGAAAUGUGGAAGAAACUCCAAGUUUGGUAUUAAAGGCUCCUCCUCAGUCAUCAGUAAUGACGAUGACUCCGCCAGCCCUCUUCAUCACGUCUCCAAUGGCAACAACACCCCGUCGUCCUCGGAGAUGGGUCCAGACGCAGUGAUCAUCGGGAUGACAAAGAUUCCUGUCAUUGAGAACCCACAGUACUUCCGCAACUCCGGCAGCAUGCUGAAAUCUGACACGUUUGUCCAGCACAUCAAGAGACACAACAUCGUCCUGAAGCGGGAGCUGGGAGAGGGAGCCUUCGGGAAGGUCUUCCUCGCCGAGUGCUACAACCUGACACCAGACCAGGAGAAGCUCCACGUGGCAGUGAAGACCCUGAAAGAGGCCAGCGAGAGCGGCCGGGCAGACUUCUACAGAGAGGCCGAGCUGCUCACCAACCUGCAGCACGAGCACAUCGUCACCUUCUACGGCGUGUGUGUCGAGAGCGACCCCCUCAUCAUGGUGUUUGAAUAUAUGAAACAUGGUGACCUCAACAAGUUUCUCAGGUCUCAUGGUCCUGAUGCAGUGCUGAUGGCAGACGGUCAACACAAUAUCCUGGUGGAGCUCACCCAGUCCCAGAUGCUGCACAUUGCCCAACAGAUUGCGGCUGGCAUGGUCUACCUGGCCUCUCAGCACUUUGUCCACAGAGACUUGGCAACCAGGAACUGCCUGGUCGGAGAGAACCUGCUGGUCAAGAUAGGGGACUUUGGCAUGUCCAGAGACGUUUACAGCACAGACUAUUACAGAGUGGGCGGACACACGAUGCUGCCGAUCCGCUGGAUGCCCCCGGAGAGCAUCAUGUACCGGCGGUUCACCACGGAGAGCGACGUGUGGAGCCUCGGGGUGGUGCUGUGGGAGAUCUUCACCUACGGCAAACAGCCCUGGUACCAGCUCUCCAACAAUGAGGUGAUCGAGUGCAUCACCCAGGGCCGCGUGCUGCAGCGGCCCCGCACCUGCCCUAAAGAGGUGUACGACCUGAUGCUGGGCUGCUGGCAGAGGGAGCCCUACAUGAGGCUGAACAUCAAGGAGAUCCACAGCAUGCUCCAGAGCCUCGCCAAGGCCUCGCCCGUCUACCUGGACAUACUGGGCUGAUGCGCCAGCGUGUCGUGUGUGUUCUCCGCGUGCAUGUGGGCUUCGUGAGUGUUUUUCCGCGUGUCGGUGUGUUUGACAUGAAGCGACAGGAGAGGAGAGGAGAGGAGAGGAGGGAGAGAAGUGCGUGUGUGAGGUUGUGUCUGUGUUCAUCACCUGGCUGUAAAUGUAACUGUAAAUGCUCUCGUCCUCAUCACAUGAAGAAAAGCCUUAAAUCUCAAGUGAUUUUAUUUUUGCUUUUUCUGGACUCGUCCAUCUGCAGAUGUUACCGAAGCAUGUUUCACAAACGGAAACCAAAAUGUAUACAGGAUCAAUAUCAUCAACACUACAUACAUACAUACAUACAUACAUACAUACAUACAUACAUACAUACAUACAUACAUACAUACAUACAUACAUACAUACAUACAUACAUACAUACAUACAUACAUACAUACAUACCUGUGAAAGGCAUAAAAGCUAAAUGAAACUAAUUACUGGGCUUCACAGUGUGUCUCUCCAUCAUGGACAGAAUUAGUACUUUGCUGUGGACAGAGCUUUCUCCUCUCAUUCAGCAGUGUCUGCCAAAAGAUAAAAAUAUUCAUGAACUUACAGCCAAAGCUUUUUCCUUUAUAUAUCCCACACUCUUUUAAAUAUUUGUAGAAUUCAUAAAGUCCGUUCUCACAUGGAGCUGUUGAUUUAAUCUGAGGUGUUUGAGCCGUCCACAGAUGCUUGUUUGAAUUUUAAACAUAUUUAUGAUUAUACACGUGUUUAAAAACCCAUAUAGAUUAUCAUAGAUAGUUAUUAUACAUAACGUACGACAGAGCAUGAGGGCCAUUUUGAAGAAAAACAAAUUGGAGAUUUUGAAAAUUAAGUCAUAAUAUUACAAGAUUAAAGUUGUAAUUCAAUUCGAAAAAAUAUUUACAAAAGUAGCAAAUAAGGUGCAAGGAGAAUCACGAGUUUAUUCAUUACAACUUUACUUUGGUAAUAAAGUUAUAAUAUUAUGAAUUUAUUAUUGUAAUAUUUCAACUUUAUUCCUGUAAUAUUAUGACUUAAUUCUCAUAAUAUUCCAAUUUUGUUCCUGUAAUAUUUUAACUUUAAUCUUAAAAGCUUUUUUUUUAAAAACAUGACCCUUAUACUCCGCUGUAAUAACCUGCUCAAGUCCACUGAAGGAUUUCCAAAUGUAAAACCAAUGCUAUUGUUGUGAGACACGAGGGAAAACAACACAGUUUUUUUUAUUUUAUCUUACAAUGCUGAUAUCAUAAGUCCUAUUUUCUGUAAAUAUCCUAUUCAUAUUUGACACUAAGAACACCAGCUCAUCAGUAUUUACAGAGUGGUGUUUUAAAUGUUGUUCAUUUGACGCACAUGAAGCACAAAGAAUGAGGACUCGGCCGUGUGGAGCCGGGUCUGAUCCGGAAAACAGACGAGCGCAGGUCGUUUUUUUUACUUUUCAUUCAGUAGCGAUGCCAUUUAGCAAAUCCCUGCUGUUGGGUGUCUGUGAGUGACGUGGUCGUGUGUGCAUCUCCCGACGCAGGUUCUCAAACGCUGUGUGUGAUGCUGAUGUUUUCGGUGUUUGACGAGAGAAGAUUAACCUCUGGAGCCUCCUCCUCAGCUUCUGUCUGAUGCAGGUUACAUGUAUGGAGGAUUUCUUUUUUGUUUGCAGCAUCGUGUGUGUAUUGAAGUCCCAGCCUGUUUAUGUGUCAUUUAUUUCCAUUACAAGAGCAGAUCUCAUCUUUAGUGGGCUAAGAGAGUGCAGUAAAAGGAUUCAUUAAGAGGCUGAUUGCCCUUAAAGUGUCCCUGGGGUGUUUUCCUCUCUCUGAGCGGUCCCAGUCAGCCGGGCUGGAGCUGAUGCUGCUCCUCGCUCUGGGCAGCGCUGAAGCACAUUUCUAGGCAUUUUUUUUGGGGGGGGAAGACCUUAACAAACGGAAACUAGUUUUAAAAUGCUUUGCUGUUAUUGCUUUCUAAAUUAAGUGGUUUUCCUGAGAUGUCAAAAAAAAAAAGUCCUGAAUUAAACUUUGCAAAAACAGCAGCAGUCACGCCCUCAUAACAACCACCCUGCAUUUCCAUAAGGAGACAUUAAGCAUUAAGGCUCUAUGUUAUGUUAAGUGCACUUUGUAGCGUUACUUGACAAAUGCACAACCUUAGUUGCACUUAGAUAUGGAAAAAAAAAGUCACCCCCGCUACGCCGGCUAUGUCCGAACAUCUUGUCCUCCAUGAUGGUUUCUUUAUCCCACGUCUGUCCGCUCUGUAUAAUAACCACGUGUCCGCUGUACAUAACCUGCUGUCCAUUCUGUACAGUUCUGAUAUUUGUCUAUAUGAAUAGUAGGAUAUGUUUAAUAGUAUAAUCUGUUCUAAGCAGGUAUCAUGUCAAAACCGUGUGACAUCUAUUGAAGACAAUGUGUUAUGGGCCACUGGCAAUACAAACUAUAUGUAAAUAGGAUUUUAUUUGUGCUACAUUGUAUAAUUUCUUUGUGCUCGUUCAUAAUACCGGUGAGAAUACAAUCCUUUUUUUGGCAACUUUUGAUCUGCGGAGGACUUUCUUUGAACAAUGUGUUUUUCUCUGAAGAAGAAGAAGAAGAAGAAGAAGAAGAAGAAGAAGAAGAAGAAGAAGAAGAAGAAAAGAAAAAAAAAAGAAAAAUGAUCUCCUCUUUCCUCUCCACUGUGAUGGGGAGCUCACACAGAGGCUGUUUGAGAUGCUGCCUGUAUGAAAAGGGGGGACCAUAGACUCUGGAUCUGAUUCGACAUCAGGACCCCUCCUGGCCGACAGGCGUCCAAGCAGACGUGCGGCCCGCUGGCACGGAGGUCAAAGGUCGCCUCCCAGCCCGACCCCGCCGCUCGACCUCUGAUUUGAACUGUAGCCUAUCUUGAUCCUCUUUCAGAUGAAUAACUGUGACUUUGCAUCAUGAAUAGUAUAUUAUUUUGAAUGUAAUCUAGAAGAGGGGUCGGGACCUUUUUUGAAUGUAAUCUAUCUUUGCGGGGGUUAUCGGGGGAGGGGCGGAGAAGGACUCAUGAUUUUUUUGUAAAUACAUGGUAAAGAAAAAAAGACGACAGUUUUCAUUCCUGUGCAGAUAACGACAAAUUUUACUUACAGUGUGAAUACAAAGAGAGAGAGAGUGAGCGUGUGUGAGCAAUGUCUCUGAGGUGGUGCAUGUGCACGUUUGCACAUGCAUCUGUAUGCAAGAGUGUGUGUGUGUGUGCGUGUGUGUGCGUGUGUGUGUGUGUGUGCGUGCUCCUCUGGCAGAUUUAAUCCUGCUUUAAUCAGCCAGUUCUAUCAAUCAAUUCAAUGCUUUGUGCAUCAUGUGAGUAGCUUAUCCACAAUUAAUGGAAAUGUUCCUUGUGAUACUGUGCAUUUAAUAAAGGUGGUAUGUCUUACAAUA